AUGGGUGUUUGGUUGUUUAUAUUUGCUGUUGUAGCCAACUGUGUGAACUUGUUUGCCCAAGUUCAUUUUACCAUUUUAUAUGCUGAUUUAGAAGCGGACUACAUUAACCCAAUUGAAUUAUGUUCUAAGGUAAACAAAUUGAUUCUUCCUGAAGCCGUACUACAAGGUGUUAUCUCCAUAUUGUUUUUGUUGAAUGGAUAUUGGUUUGUAUUCUUGAUUAACCUGGGAGUUCUUGCCUACAAUGUGAACAAAUUCUACAACAAGCAGCAACUAUUGGAUGCUACUGAAAUUUUCAGAACUUUAGGUAAACAUAAGAGAGAAUCUUUCAUCAAAUUGGCGUUCUAUUUGUUCUUGUUCUUCUUCUACUUGUACAGAAUGAUCAUGGCUUUAAUUGCAGCCAGCGAGUAA